AUGGCACUAAGAAGAUUGCAAUAUGAGUACAAUAAACUUGUCACCAACUCAAAAACAGAAUUUCCGAGAGUGAAACCAAUAAACGACGAGAAUUUAUUUGAAUGGAGAGCGGAAAUUGAGGGACCAGUCGGUACACCAUAUGAGGGUGGAAUAUUCAAAAUUUUUAUAACAUAUCCAACCGACUAUCCGUUCAAACCACCAAAACUUCACUUUGAAACCAAAAUAUAUCAUCCUAAUAUCAGUGAAAAAGGAUUUGUUUGCGUCGAUAUCCUCCAAAAACAGUGGUCACCAGCUCUGACAACAUCGAAAAUAUUGCUAUCUAUUACUUCGCUACUCGCAACUCCUAAUCCCGAUGAUCCAAUGAAUAGUGAUGCUGCUAGACUAUAUCUUCAAGACAGACGAAAAUAUUACGAAAGAGCAAAAUUGUGGACCAGUCAACAAGCGAUGUAA